GUGUUUCCUUCGCCGCCAUCUCGUCAUACCCACAUUCACAAAUGGCAUGGUGAAAAUGCUUUUCAUAUCACCAUGUUUCAUAUUCUUAUUAUUUUUUCUUUUUACCCUAGGAGCCGCUAAUCCGUCAGCCAAUGUGACACUCUUAACACUCGCAGAUCUAUGGGAAACUCGAGAACUACCUCGAACUCAUCUAUUUCCUACGAAAACGUCAACGGUGUACCCGGAAUUUGCGGCAAUCCCGAGUAAUCAAGGUGAUGGUAGAAUGCAUUUGACACGAUCGGCACUAGAUAAAGCGAUGGAAAAUGUGGCAGAGAUGAACGGCGUUCUCAUUCAUUCAAUUUGUUCUUACAGACAUCUGAAUGUGACAUUUUAUACACUUAACACUCAAUUCGGAAUCGGAAAAAGUGAGGUUCUAAUAGACGCCAAUAUGACUGAAAUGGAACGAAAAAUGUCUGAAAUGACAGAUCGUAGAAUCAAAGUUAAUUUCAUUUGCGUUGGAGCUAACAAUGAUACAUACAGCGCUGUGUGGCAUCACUCUCCCGAUUUCGUAUGGCAUUUUAUUGUGGAUUCCGGGCCGAUUAGAGAGAUUAUUGAGAAAGAUCGAUUACAAAUGACGCGCGGGUAUUACGCGGAUUGUUUUCAGACCUAUCGAAAUGAUAACGUUAGUCGAGCAAUAAUCAUUUGGAGAAAAGGGUUCGGCAAGAAAUACCGUAUUCAAUACGGUACUCAAGUUCAGGAAAUGCUCACAGAUAUGCAGAGAACAGAUUUAGAGCCGGUGCAACUAGCCAGUCUUCCAAGACUUGGACAAAGACGACCAUUUCCUAGAUGGAUUCUAUGGCAUGGUGAUGAGUUUACAUGGGGGAAUAGAACUAUUCCAAGAGAUUUGAGCAAAAUGGAUCACAACUGGGAAGCGUUGAACUCAGUUAUUGAGCACAGAAUGAGAAGUUACGACAUUCCAUCAAUUUCAAUACAUAUUCUACGAGAUAAUAAAAUGGAAUACUCUGCUUCAUAUGGGUUUGCUGAUAUUCUGCAGAACAUUCCAGUCAAAACCACACAUCGAUAUCGAAUUGCUUCAGUGAGCAAACUGGUGACUGCCAUGACAAUCGGGGAGCUACUGGCCGAUUAUCGGCAUAUUGAUCUUCUUACACCAGUAUUUGGUCCAGCAGGAAUACUUUCUGAUGUCUGUUCUCCAUGUCAUCCAUACCUACUUCAUGUUAGAAUUAUUCAUCUUUUGGAACAUUCAUCUGGAGCAUGGCCUCAUACGAGCAAGUUCGAGUUUGAUCGAUUGGAACAAAAUCAGACGGAAUUUCUGAUGAGAGUUGUACAACACGAGUUCCCAAUAUUGUUCCCUGGUGGACGACAUAUGUAUUCAAAUAUUGGCUACAUUUUGUUAGGGAGAAUCAUAGAGAAAGUAUCUGGAAGAAGUUAUGAGGAAUAUGCAAUGGAAAAAGUACUAAAUCCAAUUGGAGUUAAUGCAACAAUUGGAAAAGAAGGAAAUUCACAGGAAGAGGUAACAUACUACUCCCAUGAUAAUGCAAAUGCAUACACAUCAUGGAGCACUCGUCGAUUAAAUUCAGCUGCUGGAUGGGCAAUGACAGCGGAAGAUGUGACGAAGGUAUUUCAUCAUUUGGAACAAUAUAAACUACGUAGAUUCCGAUGGAUAAUAACUCCAUCGGCGGUAAGAUGGAAUUACGGAAGAGGUGUUCAAUUAGGAAAUGAUGGAAGUCUUUAUCACAUUGGUUCUCUGGCAGGCACUGAAGCCAUUGGAUAUACGUGGCAGAAUGUUCAAGUAGCGAUUCUGACUAAUAUACGAGGAAAAGAACAAAAUGAGCAAACGGGGUGGAUGGAAAAAUUAUGUAGAAGUAUUGCAGACGGACGGUUCACAAGAUAACGAGUAUAUUUUUAUUUUGAAUUUUGUUUUUGUUAAACAACAUUUGUGUACAUAAUAAAGUUGAAGUAGUAAAGU